AUGGGAGAUUAUCUCUGCAAUUCACACCUGCCAAUCAGUGAGCUGCAGGUGCACAGUGGGGGAAUGGGUUUGGGAAUGCACAGCUGUGUCUGCAUCAACAGAAUAACACAGUGUGAGGAGUUAUUUUGGACGUUCAAGGUUCUGCAAUAUUAUCCUUUUAAUGACAAAACUCUCCUUUCACAGGCUGAGAUAGUGAAGAGAUUGAACGGGAUCUGCGCACAAGUCCUCCCCUACCUGUCUCAGGAGCACCAGCAGCAGGUCCUGGCAGCCAUAGAGAGGGCCAAGCAGGUCACCCCCCCAGAGAUGAACUCCAUCAUAAGGCAGCAGCUCCAGGCUCACCAGCUGUCUCAGCUCCAGGGUCUGGCCCUGCCCAUGACCCCUCUGCCGCUGGGCCUGAGCCAGCCAACCCUCCCUGCCGUCACCACCUCCUCCGGUCUCUUCUCCCUCUCCUCCCUGCUGGCCUCCCAAGCCCAGCUGGCCAAGGAGGAGAAAGCAUCACGUGACGGAGUUGACAGCCACCGCGAGGAGGACGGAGACAAGUCUGAUUAGAUGGUGUCCCCCAUUCAGCUCUGUUUUUAUCCAGAGACCUGAAUACCCAAAUCUGAGCCCCCCUUGGCCUACAGCCUCUCCCCUGGUCUCCCUCUCUCUGACCUUAGCAAACAUGGGCUUCACUCCCAUCCCCACAUCUCCAGUUACAGACCCCUAACCAUGUCCUCAUGUCCUGAUCUCUUCAUAUUUUUCACACUUGGGUUGUUUCCUUACCUUCCCUUUCGGUGUCUUUUAGUUAGACACCGUCUCUUUUUUGUAUCCGAUUUAACUUCAGUUUUUUUGUGUUUAUGUUUUUUAUCAGGACAACUUUCUAUUUCUGUUCCUUCCUGCCUCCCUGUCGCACUGCCUCUCAGUUCUCAUUCCUGUUAAGUUUCUGGGGUUUUUUUUCCCCUCCAUGCCUCUCUUCCUCCCACUCUCCUCCACCUCUUGCCUCUGUUCUAAGCAGGUCCUUGUUAUGUAGGACUGAUCUGUGAGACUGAACGCACCGUACUGUAGGUGUUAAAACAGGCUAAAUGUUAAACACAGGGAUUCUUGGCAAGCUGUAAAACUUGUCAGACACAACACAGGAUUCCUAAAACUUAAUUUUCCUGAGACAGAGGUCUUACAGAGAUCAGUAGUGUUGAUAUUUUUGGCAGUUGAGAUUGCAUGCAUUGAUUCCAAGCUAAAGGUUGAGUUUUGAAUUGAAACGGUGGGUUGUUAUGGAUCAGAUAAAGUACUUAAAUAGUGCCCUCAUGCCCCGGAUAAAGAGACAAGCGCUGCUAAACCUGCACAGACGUCCCAACCAAAAACUGCUGCUUUCAGAGCAGAAUCUUUGUAAUGAGAAAGUCAUCUCCAAUCGACAAACUAGAGAUGUGUAUAAUCCUAAAUUUAUAUGGAUGAAGGAAAAGCACCUUCUUAGAGCAAAUUUCAUGCGGAGAGCUGUCAGAAUAGAUAACAAACCCACCUUAGUAAGUAAUCCCCCCUACUUACGAUCCUCGCCUGACCCUGUGAGGUACGUCAGAUAAAUCCACCCAGCACCUUAACUGAAAGGCAACAUUUUCAUCAGUAGUUAACUGAACAGAGAUGCCAAUUGACUCCUGCAUCCUCCCACCACCUUUUUUUUCAUCUUUAAUGUGCACUAAUAUUAGAGCAGGCACUGAGGGGAGAGAGUGUGCAUGUUGUGUGUUUGACAGCAGAGGGCAGUGUGUGUCUUUGAGGAAUGCUCCUCACUGGGUUUAGACCUGAGCAAAACAAGGACAAGACAAUGACAGAAUACAGGCUGUGUCACAAAGGGGGAAUGGCUUAUUUAUCCACUCUGUGUGUACAAACUUAAUAUACAGAGACUAGACUGGUGACAUUAAUCUCUGCAUGCGGUCAGUCCCGGUCUCUGUCAUGAUCCAGUUCUUGAGAAAUGGUCUUUGGUCUAUUUUAAGGAACAUCUCGGCGUGAAACUAAAACACAACUCGGACCUGUGCUUUUGAUCCUGUUCUGUAAAUUCAGAUUUAAAUACUGUACAUGUUGAUUUACUGUAAAUAUACAACUCUGUCACAUAUCACACUAACACGACAUCAUACAGAGGAUUUAACACCUACAUACAACACCGAGUGGAAGAUCAACAAACCCAUCUAAAUCAAAUCAGUGCAGAUCACACAGAUGAAGCACAAGCGUCCGCCACAGCUGCUCUGAUGAGUGAAAAAAAAAAACAACACCCUCCCCCUCAUUCUCACACACCUACUCAGCUGUUUUCAAUUACCUUGUCCGACUGGGCCUCUAGUCAGGUGGCGAUUAGGUGAAACUAUGUGAUGUCAUCAAACUCUGGCUGUGUUCAAAAAAUCUCUCCCCAAAUUCCCACAUUCAGAGCGUCCUGGUGGCCCAGUGGUUAAAACGCUUAGGAUAUAAUCGCAACAUCCCCAGUUUGAUUACAGCAGGAGACCUUUGUUGAAGGAUAAUGCCCCAUUUAAUUACUUGGGUUUAAUUACCUAGUGAUGAACUUAUGUGAGGCGUCCGUGUUCAUUUGGCUUUCAGGCAUUUCUGUAUUAUUAAGGGGCCAAGUCAGAUAUAGCAGAGUCCCAAGAAGAGGUCUAAUCAGGCAGCAUAAGUGGAAAACACCUGUGUGGGUGGACUACGGGUGUGUGAGGGGCUUUAACGGGUCUAGUAGCAGCCAAAAUGGCCCCAUUAAAUGUCUCCAAGCCAAGAUGAAAUUAAACUUUUUAGGGUGUUUCGCAAACGCAUACAUUUCCAGCAGAGGUAGCCUCAGUGGUAAUUGAACCCCGGACCUUGGCACUGUCAGCCCUCAAAGAUUGUUUGAUCGACUGUGAGUCGACGGUGGCGGUUUGUUUGAGUGUUGAUUUGAUGACAGCCUAUGUAUGAAGCUGUUUUAUACCACACACACACACACACACACACACACACACACACCUUUUCUUAGCCUCCCCUCUCUGUCUUAAUGGCUACACUGUGAGAAUGAAUUGAUUAUGAAGAGUUUCAUUCUAAAAUAAUAAUGUUAAUUUGGAAAAUCACUACUCUUUGGCAUGAAGCACAUUUUAUUGUUAAAUUCAUUCAUAUAGCAACAACUAUACAACCCGCAGAAUAAUACCCUUCACGUGUCUAAAAGCUGAGAUAACAUACUAUUGGUGGGACUCCUUCAAUGACGGCCAUUGUUGUGUAUGUAUGUGAUACAUAAACAAGGUGUCUAUAAAGCGUUGUACAGGUUUGGUCGCCGACGAUAAACCACAGAGAUAAAAUGCGUUGCUGUUCUUACUACAGCUAAAGCUAACAUGCUAUUCUGCUUGUGAAUUAAGCUCGCAGCACAUCGUCCUCCCAUCUAGCCACAUACUGUAUGUAUCUAGCUACAUACUGUACUUGUCGUAGUGAUACGCAGAGCGUGUAGACAAAGCAAGACACACACAUGCGCGCGCACACACACACACACACACGCAUCAAUGCAUGUCUGCGGGGGAACCGAGAUUGAUUUCUUUCUAGUGGAGACCAUUUUUUUUAAAAGAAUGUUUGGUCCAAACUUUCUGUGAUCAAUGCACUUGUUUUUGUUCCUCUUCUUUGUUUUGAAAUAUUAAUCGAUAUGAACUAGAACGAGAAUUACAAAGCUGACGUUAUAAACAUACAAAUGAAAUUCUAUGUAUUUGUUAAAGUAGUUGGAGGUGCUCGCCUCUGUAUACAGUUAUACAUAGAAAGCUUUAUGUGUAUAUAGCUGCAUCUUUUCUUGUCUGUCCUGGAUGAUUCUUGUGCUAUUGUGUUACAAAACUGAUGUGACACCAGGGGGGAAACUGCAGUACAUUGACCUUUUGCCCUUUGACCCCUUUCUUCUUCUCUGACCCCCCCAAUCCCCUUUAGUCCCAUGCCACAUCCUACCUUCCCAACUUUUUGCCCCCAUAGCGUGAAGCAUUGUAAGCGUUUUGAGCUUUGUAAAGGUCUUUUUUUAAAUACUUAUUUUGUGCAUAAUGUAAAACCUGAAAGUGUGUACUUUGGCAAAAAAAAAAAAAAAAAGUUUUGUGUCUGAAAUCAUAGCUUCAUUGAAACAAAAAAAGAAACUAUAAAAAAGUACAACAAACAUUUACUAUAAAUAAUAUGAAAUGUUCUGCAGUAAGGAAGGACUUCUGGUGCCUUACAAAUAAAGUCAAUCAAAUCAUAA